GUGACUCUACGCGUUUCUCUCCGUGUCUUUGCUGCUGCUCCAUCACUUAAUAAAUUUACUCACUAAAAGAACAUCGACGAGAUGAGUCAAUUCAAUGACUACUACGGCAACAGUGGUGCUGGAGGUGGUGGAUUCAUGACUGGUGGAUCGCCAUAUGGAAGCGCAAGCGGUAGUCCGGGAGGAGCUAGUCGAAAAACCGAGAUAGCCCACUCCUUACGACCUCUGACUGUACUUCAGCUCCUAAAUGCAUCCCAGGCGCAUUCGGACGCGGAGUGGAUGCUGGAUGAUACAGAACUCGGCCAGGUCACUGUCGUCGGCCACGUCGUUUCAAUACAGAGCCAAGCCACCAACAACUUAUACUGGCUCGAUGAUGGCACGGGUCGCAUCGAAGCCCGGCAUUGGAUUGACUCCUCAAUAGAAGAGGGUGAAGCGGGAUCAAAUGCCAUCACUGAGGGAUCAUACGUACGCGUAUCCGGCACGUUGAAAAUGUUCGGCAGCAAACGAUACGUAAAUGCGACUCAUAUUCGGCCAGUCAAGUCGCCUCAUGAGAUAUACUUUCACCUUUUGGAAGCGAUGUCGGUCACAUUAACAUGGGCGAAAGGAGCACCUCCUCGUGCUGGACAAAAUCCGUCAACAUCAAUUCCACAGGCCCAAGUUGCCGGACCCCCGGCAGCCGGAGGAUCUGCAUACGCAGUUCAGUCGCAACCUCCCGCUACGAACAACAGCCAAUACUCCCAUUUGCCGAAGUUGGAAUAUUCGAUCAUAGCUUUCAUGCUGAACCAACCUUCUAAUGAGGAAGGCAUGCACGUUCGUUCUAUUGCGCGUGCUGUCGGAGGUGAUGCUGUCGCAAUUAGUAAUGCUUUAGAUAAACUCAUGGACGACGGCCUCGUCUUUACUACUAUUGACGAUUCGCAUUUCAAGGUUGCUGACUGAUGAAUUACAUGUUGGUCGUGUAUUUCUGAUGAAAGUUACUUGCGAGUUGUAGUAUUGAAAGUGCCGAGAUUCUUGCUCGAAUCUUGAAUCCCGAUUGACGGAGUGGUUGGUGUUUCUGCAAGAUUUCCAAGUAUCUGUGUAUAUUAGUAGUUACCUCAAAACGGAAGGAUGGUGUAAACAUUCAUAUACAGGGUCUUCAACCUUCGAAAUCCAGCUCCUGGUACCUAGGCAGUACUAGUGUUGAUCAGUAAGCCGGAAACAGUUUCGACGCGUCUUCGUAGUGCUCACAACGAUGGGAGACU